CCUCUGGGAGGUUUAGGAAGCGGCUCCGGGUCGGUGGCCCCAGGACAGGGAAGAGCGGGCGCUAUGGGGAGCAGGGCGCCUCGGUCCCCUCUCCACGCCGGGCAGCUGCGCUGGGGGAGCAGGCGCCGACCCCCGCUGCCCCCGCUGCUGCCUCUGCUGCUGUUGCUGCUGCUGCCGCCGCCCCUAUCUAGGGUCGGGGGCUUCAACUUGGAGGCCGAGGCCCCUGCGGUGCUCUCCGGGCCCCCGGGCUCCUUCUUCGGCUUCUCGGUGGAGUUUUACCGGCCGGGCACCGACGGGGUAAGCGUGCUGGUGGGGGCCCCCAAGUCUAACACCAGCCAGCCAGGAGUGCUGCAGGGGGGUGCUGUCUAUGCCUGUCCCUGGGGUACCAGGCCUGCACAGUGCACCCCCAUAGAAUUUGACAGCAAAGGCUCCCGGGUCCUGGAGUCCUCGCUGUCCGGCACGGAAGAAGAGGAGCCUUUGGAGUAUAAGUCCUUGCAGUGGUUUGGAGCCACAGUUCGAGCCCAUGGCUCCUCCAUCUUGGCAUGUGCUCCACUGUACAGUUGGCGCACAGAGAAGGAGCCGCUGAGAGACCCCGUGGGUACCUGCUACCUCUCCACAGACAACUUCACCCGAGUCCUUGAGUACUCGCCUUGCCGCUCAGAUUUCAGCUGGGUGGCAGGGCAGGGUUACUGCCAAGGCGGCUUCAGUGCCGAGUUCACCAAGACGGGCCGUGUAGUCCUGGGUGGACCCGGCAGCUACUUCUGGCAAGGCCAGAUCCUGUCCGCCACUCAGGAGCAGAUCGCUGAGUCUUAUUACCCCGAGUACCUCAUCAACCUGGUUCAGGGGCAGCUGCAGACCCGCCAGGCCAGCUCCGUGUACGAUGACAGCUACCUGGGCUAUGCUGUGGCUGUGGGUGAAUUCAGUGGUGAUGACAUAGAAGACUUCGUUGCUGGUGUACCCAAAGGGAACCUUACCUAUGGCUACGUCACCAUCCUUAAUGGCUCAGACAUCCGAUCACUCUACAACUUCUCAGGGGAACAGAUGGCCUCCUACUUUGGCUAUGCCGUGGCUGCCACUGACAUCAACGGGGACGGACUGGAUGACCUGCUGGUGGGGGCACCCUUGCUCAUGGAGCGCACGCCUGAUGGGCGCCACCAGGAGGUGGGCAGGGUCUACAUCUACCUGCAGCACCCAGCUGGCAUUGAGCCUGCACCCACCCUCACCCUCACUGGUCACGAUGAGUUUGGCCGAUUUGGCAGCUCCUUGACCCCCCUGGGGGACCUGGACCAGGACGGCUAUAAUGAUGUAGCCAUCGGGGCUCCCUUUGGUGGGGAGACCCAGCAAGGAGUAGUAUUCAUAUUUUCUGGGAGCCCAAGAGGCCUGGGCUCAAAGCCUUCCCAAGUUCUUCAGCCCCUGUGGGCAGCCGGCCACACCCCAGACUUCUUUGGCUUUGCCCUUCGAGGAGGUCGAGACUUGGAUGGCAACGGAUAUCCUGAUCUGAUUGUGGGGUCCUUUGGAGUGGACAAGGCUGUAGUAUACAGGGGCCGCCCCAUUGUGUCUGCCAGCGCUUCCCUCACCAUUUUCCCUGCCAUGUUCAAUCCAGAAGAGCGCAGCUGCAGCUUGGAGGGGAACCCUGUAUCCUGCAUCAACCUCAGCUUCUGUCUCAAUGCUUCUGGAAAACAUGUCCCCAACUCCAUUGGCUUCACGGUAGAACUCCAACUGGACUGGCAGAAGCAAAAAGGGAUACGACGGGCACUGUUUAUGGCCUCCAGACAGGCAACCUUAACCCAGACCUUGCUCAUCCAGAAUGGGGCUCGGGAGGACUGCAGAGAGAUGAAGAUCUACCUCAGGAAUGAGUCAGAAUUCCGAGACAAGCUCUCCCCGAUUCACAUCGCUCUCAACUUCUCCUUGGACCCCCAAGCUCCCCUGGACAGCCAUGGCCUCCAGCCAGUUCUGCAUUACCAGAGUAAGAAUCGGAUAGAAGACAAGGCUCAGAUUUUGCUGGACUGCGGAGAAGACAACAUUUGUGUGCCUGACCUGCAACUGCAGGUAUAUGGGGAACAGAAACCUGUGUAUCUGGGUGACAAGAACGCAGUGAACCUGACUUUCCACGCCCAGAACAUGGGCGAAGGCGGUGCCUACGAGGCUGAGCUUCGGGUCACGGCCCCUCCAGAGGCUGAGUACUCAGGACUCAUCAGACACCCAGGGAACUUCUCCAGCCUCAGCUGUGACUACUCCGCCGUGAACCAGAGCCGUCUGCUGGUGUGCGACCUGGGCAACCCCAUGAAGGCAGGGGCCAGCCUCUGGGGUGGCCUUCGGUUCACUGUCCCUCAUCUCCGGGACACAAAGAAAACCAUUCAGUUUGACUUCCAGAUCCUCAGUAAGAAUCUCAACAAUUCGCAAAGCAAUAUGGUCUCCUUCCUGCUCUCCGUGGAAGCUCAAGCCCAGGUGUCUCUUAACGGUGUCUCCAAGCCUGAGGCGGUGCUCUUCCCAGUCACCGACUGGCAUCCUCGAGACCAGCCUCAGAAGGAAGAGGAUGUGGGCCCUGCUGUCCACCACGUCUAUGAGCUCAUCAACCUGGGCCCCAGCUCCAUCAGCCAGGGUGUGCUGGAGCUCAGCUGUCCCCAUGCUCUGGAAGGCCAGCAGCUCCUCUAUGUUACCAGGGUGACCGGACUCAGCAACUGUACAGCCAGCCACCUCAUCAACCCACAGGGCCUGGAGCUGGACCCCGAGGGCCCCUCACACCUGCAGAAACGAGAAGCCCCAAGCCGCAGCGCCGCCACCUCUGGGGCAAAGGUCCUGAAAUGCCCAGAAGCUGAGUGUUUAAGGCUACGCUGUGAACUUGGGCCAUUACACCGACAAGAAAGCCGAACUCUGCAGCUACAUUUCCGAAUCUGGGCCAAGACCAUUCUGCAGCGGGAACACCAGCCACUUAGCCUUCAGUGUGAGGCUGUGUACGAAGCCAUGAAAAUGCCCUACCGGAUCCUGCCUCAGCAGCUGCCUCAAAAGAGACUUCAGGUGGCCACGGCCGUGCAGUGGAGCAAAGCAGAGGGCAGCAAUGGCGUCCCGCUGUGGAUCAUCAUCCUAGCCAUCCUUUUUGGACUUCUGCUUCUUGGUCUGCUCAUCUACAUUCUUUAUAAGCUUGGCUUCUUCAAGCGUUCCCUCCCAUACGGCACAGCCAUGGAAAAAGCUCAGCUCAAGCCUCCAGCCACCUCUGAUGCCUGAGUCCUCCUGAUCCCAGACUCCCAAUCCUGAAGAGCCAGUCCCCUGCUCUCCAUCUGUUCACAGAGAGGGGAUUGAGCACUUCCUGAAGGUGCUGAGGGCCAGGGAGAACUUCCUCUCCCUGGCCUAGAGACAUACUUGAAGGGCCAGAGCCAGGGGCCAGGAGAGAAACUGGGGCUGACCCUCCCCCUGUGCACUGUGAAGGACCCUCGUUUACACAUGCUCUCCCACAGAUGGGGGAACUCAGAUCCAGGGACAGAAGCCUCAGCCUUUCUGCAGCCUUUGCAUUUCAGAGUUUCCUGAAAACAACUUGGAAUCAUAGCUAGGGAAUCUAUUUGUGGUUCUUCGGGCCAGCCGUGCCACCAGGACUUCCUGUCCAGCUCCAGCCUGCAAAGAUGGGUCAUCACUCCUCACCAGAGAUCCAAAGGAAGCCCCACCCCCUCUCCAGCUAAGAAUCUGGGGCUUGAGGAGUGAGACCUGGCCUGGCAGCUCCAACAGCCCCCACCCUGGGGGACUAACAAGGAACACUAACCGAGGAUGGACCGCCUCAGGACAGAUCCCAAAUGAAGGUCAAGGGUCAAUGCUGGCCCAGACCCAGCUCUAGAGGAGUCAGAACUCACAUGGAGCUGGAUCCAGUCUGGGACCUGGAGUUGAUCUAAAGCCCAGCCUCAGAUGUUGAUAACCUAAUCUGGGCAGAUCCAGGACUGUAUUUGGGUCUGCUCCAGACCUGGGCCUAGAGGCCCUAUUUAUCCCUGACUUACGAAUAGUCAGGAAUUGCCUAGGACCCUGAAGAGGCCAUGAUGGCAACAGAUCUGGAACCUCAGCCUGGCCAGACUCAGGCCCCCUCAGUCUCUGGAGAAAGGGGAGCCUCAGGCCUGCAAGACUUAGAUUCUGUCCACCAGCUGCACUGAUGCUGCCCCUCCCCCACUCCUUGCCCAACCCUCCCUUCCCUUCCCCUGGGCUCCAGACACCCUGGACUUAUUUAAACUCUGUUGCAAGUGCAAUAAACCUGACCCAAUGUCCCUACUGACCAGA